GAUUGGGAAGCACAAGGACAAAGCCAAAGGCGUCGCGAUGCCGGACUCCAAGCAGUCCGCGCCCAGCAAGGGCAAAGCGGCGCCGGACGAGUUCAAGGGCUGGUUGUUCAAGUGGACGAACUAUCUAAAAGGUUACCAGCGCCGGUGGUUCGUGUUGUCCAAUGGUCUCCUGUCCUACUAUAGGACUCAAGCAGAGAUGGCCCAUACCUGCCGUGGGACCAUCAACCUGGCGGGCGCGUAUAUCGAUGUUGAGGACUCCUGCAACUUUGUCAUCUCCAAUGGCGGCACACAGUGUUACCACCUGAAGGCCAGCUCGGAGGUGGAGCGUCAGCGCUGGGUCACGGCGCUGGAACUCGCCAAGGCCAAGGCCAUUCGUCUGAUGGAGUCAGGAGCAUCUGAUGAUGAUGAUGACGGACAGUCGCACACAUCUCCUGACAAGAACGAGAUCCAGAACACACUGCGCAUCUUGUCUGCAAAGCUGGAGGACCUCAAUACCUGCAACGACUUGAUAGCAAAACACGGCGCAGCUUUGCAGCGGUCGCUGAGUGAGCUGGAGAUGCUGGAUAAAGAAAACAGCACGGACGUUCAGAGCAAAGUCAAAGCAGUCAAUGAGAGAGCAACACUUUUCAGAAUAACGUCCAAUGCUAUGAUUAAUGCCUGUGCUGAUUACCUAGACCUGGCCCAGACACAGGGCCGUAAGUGGCAGAAAACUCUCCAGUACGAGCGUGAGCAGAGGUUACGACUGGAGGAAACUGUGGAAACACUGGCACGUCAACAUAACAGUCUGGAGCAGCAGGUCCGAGCACAGGCCUCUCAGGGCAGUCUAAAGGCUGCACCCAACGAUAAAGCUGCUGCAGACAGGAAGCCUGAAUCCACGGCAGGAAGCGAUGACGAAGAUGGGGAAUUCUUCGACGCGAUUGACGAAACUCCCGACAGCGAGUUUAGGACAAUCACAAUCCCUGACUCUCACCUUACACACAGAGUUCUUAUGCGCAGAUUCCCCGGGACAAACCCCUCAAUGCUCGGCCUCACAGGAACACACUUACGAACCCCCAGUGGAGUCAGUGCAGCCAGUAUGGCGAGCGAGGCAAGUGAAGGUGCUGGGAAAGACUUUGUGUACAUCAGCAGUUCUGACGAGGAGGCAACUGACAAGCCAGAGGAAUUUGGGGUGAAGGCCAAAAAGAAAUUAGAACGAACAGCCUCCCAACACUCUGUAGAUAGUACUUCUUCUAGUGGUGGCCCCAGGACCCCCCAGACCCCCAGCAAAGUUCCCAAGGAACCACGGAGGAGAAGAAGAACAAGAAUUCCCGAGAAGCCCAACAUCAGCCUGAACCUGUGGAGUAUCAUGAAGAAUUGUAUCGGCAAGGAGCUUUCCAAGAUCCCCAUGCCGGUUAACUUUAAUGAGCCCAUAUCCAUGCUCCAAAGGCUAACAGAAGAUUUUGAGUAUGCAGAUAUUCUCAACAAGGCUGCUCAGUUGGAAUCAUCCACGGAGCAAUUAGCAUAUGUGGCAGCCUUCACAGCGUCAGCAUAUUCCACAACAACCCAGCGGACAGGCAAGCCAUUCAACCCCCUGCUGGGGGAGACGUACGAGUUAGAUCUUACAGAGGAGUUUGGGUGGAGAGCAAUCACAGAACAGGUGAGCCAUCAUCCCCCUGCAGCUGCUGCAUUUGUUGACAGCAAACAUGGCUGGGAGUCCUGGCAGGAGUUCACCAUGACGUCCAAGUUCCGUGGAAAGUACCUCAACAUCAUUCCACAGGUUAGUUGUUCUGCGCAAAACUAUGAAUUCAAAGCUUUGCCCUUCUUUUUCAGCAAUCAUAGCUUCAGCACUGAAACAAUCGUGAAAAACAAAUAUGUAGUGAUAUCUUCAGCAAACAUUUCCUAUCAGAGUGGAGAGAUGGACAUUGUUAACCACAAGACGGGGGACAAGUGUCAUCUUGUCUACACACCUUACAGCUACUUCUCCAGGGAAACUCCCAGAAAGGUGACAGGUGUGGUUACAGACAAGGAUGUAUAUAUAGUCAGGCCUGACCAGAGGGCGAUGGAGAAUGGUCACUGGAACGAGGCGAACACCCUGAAAGUUCAGCUGGAGGAAAAACAAAGAGCCAAGAGGAAACAACGAGAGGCUGAAGCGGCGCAGGCAGCAGCAGAAGGCAAGCCGUAUGAAGGCCACAAGCCAGUGUGGUUUGAGAAGAAACUGGAUCCCCAGACCAAAAACUUCAUUCACAUGUACAAAGGCAAUUACUGGGACUGCAAGGCACAGGGGGACUUUGCACACUGUCCUGAUAUCUACCUGUAGUCACCACAUGUACACACAUGCAAAUAGGGGGCGUACAUGUACUCAACUUGAUUCAGCAAGGCCUGGUGUGCAGUAUGAAACAAAACUGUGGUAAAUAUGAAAAGCAGUACUUGUAGAUUUACAUUUAUGUUUCCUCAGCCCUGGUGGUAACUUGGUUUAUGGUCCACUCCGAGUUUACCUAUGCAGCAAAGGGUUCAAAGAAAAUGUAUGUUGCAUGUAGUACAUGAUGUGAGUGAUGUGUAGAUGAGUGGACAGUGCCCCCCUCCAUCAGAAUAGUUUGUUAAAAUGAUGUUUUUAUCUUUACAGCCAAUGGUUGUCAACAGGAGAAUAUACGUGUAGCAAGAUAAAUGAUAUUUUAGUCAGGUUGGAAAAUGUAUAUGAUGAAAACCACUAUAUAGAUGAAAAAAUCUUUGCAACAAAACUUUAUCAGGUGUAGGUAGCAAACCAAGUGCUGGCUGGUAGUUUCAGGCUACUUUCCGUGCGCCCAGAAAUAACCAACAGGACUGCUGUUUUGAUAGAAGGGUGUCAUAGAGGUAUUCCGUGUAGUAAAGGCUCAGAUUAAGCAUGUCUAUAAACAUGUAGAUAAUCUGACAACAGCAGCACUAUGCUAGCAAGGAUGUUAUAUAUAACGCCCUUGAUGCUAGCUGUACCAAUCAACACUAGUCUUCUGGAGUCAGCCAAUGGGAGAAGCUGUAUGAGAUGAUUUGCACUAUCAUCUGACAAAUGAGAACUAAUAAGAAAUAACCUGACCUUGCUAGUCUAGUUAGGAAAUGUGAGGGUUGUUAACUUACUCUCUAAAAAAUUAAUGUUUUGUUAAAAAAGAUUGAAAUGCAGCAAGAAUUUCUCUUUCUUUUGUAAUAGUUGAAGAAAAUGCAGGUAAAGCCAUGCAGCAUGUAAGAUAUGCCUUGCUUUAUCAUAACAUUUAAAGAGAGCGGAGCUUUCUGUUACUAGGGUAUAUGUAGUUCUAAUGGUCCUUCAGGUAUCCUCAUGUAGGUGGAUAUUUGUAGCAUGUCUGUAUAGAGGUGCUAACUAGAAAUGGAAGAAGUCCAGCCAGUUAGUUUUACUGACCAGACUUGCUGUCAUUGUAUUAAUAACUUAGUACCCACAAACAACAGAGUUGGCAUGAGAACAGGAUUUGUCGCAUGUAAAAACUUGAUACGCAGAAAGAAUACUUCUGAUGGCUCCUUC